AAGAUCGUAAACAAUAAAGAAACAAUAAAGAAAAUUCAAUGCAAACAAUAAGAACCACACACCAAGAAUUAACGUGGUUCACUAUCAAUGUGAUAGCUACAUCCACCGGCACCGAGAUCAAAAUUUCACUAUAAACCGCAAAGAAUUACAAAGAUGAAUCAAGUGUUCUCCUCAAGAACGGCUCACUUUGUUUUGUACUCUCUGUAUUUCUCGCUUCAAACCCUAGCACUAAUAGAAGGAAGUUUAUAUAGUAAUCCCUAAAUAAAAGAAACUUGGGCUCCAAGAAAAUAAGAUAACUCUAACUUCCCGCAAAACCGCAAGAAGCGACGUCGUUCGAGUCACCCAAUCAUCAACAAUAAUAAUAAUAAUUAAUUUAAAUUUAAUUCAAUUAAAUUCAAUUUAGUUUAGAUUACUUCAAACAAAAAGAAUAAAAGAAAGCCUCCAAGCAAGCAAAACAACAAGUUCAAUAUCGUGAAAGUUAUGUAGAACAGUACUACAAGGGUAACUUAGGAAAUCACAAAAGUAAAUAAAUAUGGACUAUAUUUUUUACAAAAAAUAAUUAAAAAAAAAAAAGAGGGUCCCACCCAACAAAAUUUGAAAGCAGGUGGCCGUUUGAAUCCCACCUCCCCAAAAAAGCAUCCCAAAAUUUAAAAAAAAUAAAACCAACAAAACCAAACUCCCCAUUUCAAAUCCCACUCUCUCUCUCCCACAACAACAACAACACAAACAAAGUUGUCAAAAACACAAUAGCAUGACUGGCCUUAUAAUGGUCACAAAAGGCGGAGGUUGCGGCGGAGGCGGUGGCGGUGGCGGUACAAAGAGUCCUGCCCCAACAAAAUCAGGUUCAUGUUCGUCUACUGAUGAGCAGAGUCAGCUAUCAUUACUUGCAUUUCUCAUAUCCGCGCUUCGAAAGUCCAUGGUUUCGUGUCGCGUAGAUCGAACUGAAGAAGUUAUUUCAGCAGUUCAUACAAUGGAUAUUGGUUGGCCUACUAAUGUUCAGCAUAUUACUCAUGUUACUUUUGAUCGUUUUCAUGGUUUUCUUGGUCUUCCUGUUGAAUUUGAAGUUGAAAUCCCUCGUAAAGUUCCAAGUGCUAGUGUGAGCGUGUUUGGUGUUUCAGCAGAAUCAAUGAAAUGUGCGUAUGAUACCAAAGGAAAUAGUGUCCCUUUCAUACUUUUGCUAAUGCAAGAGAGGCUGUACUCACAAGGUGGUCUUAAGGCAGAAGGAAUAUUUCGUAUAAACCCAGAAAAUGGUCAAGAAGAACAAGUUAGGGACCAGCUUAACCGGGGCAUUGUGCCAGACGACAUAGAUGUGCACUGUCUAGCUGGCCUUAUAAAGACCUGGUUUCGGGAGCUCCCUUCUGGAGUAUUGGAUGGCCUUUCGCCCGAGCAAGUUCUUCAAUGCAACAGUGAAGAAGACUACUUUGAGCUGGUGAAACAGCUUAAACCAAUGGAAGCUGCACUUCUCAACUGGGCUAUUGAUCUUAUGGCUGACGUGGUAGAGGAGGAGGAGUUAAAUAAGAUGAAUGCCAGAAAUAUUGCCAUGGUUUUUGCCCCAAACAUGACUCAGAUGUCGGAUCCGCUCACUGCUCUAAUGCAUGCUGUUCAAAUCAUGAACUUGCUCAAAACUCUUAUAACAAAAACACUUAGGGAACGAGAAGAGGCUGUCACUGAUGAGAACUAUUCACCUAUGUCAUCCCGUUCCUCGGGCCAGGAAAGUGAUGAGGAAUAUGACAGCCAGCAGGAAAUGGAUACGAGCUGUGAAUCAAGAGGGCCUGGUUCUGAUUGUGAUGAAUCUGCUGAUUAUAAUCACGAUAAAGAGUAUGAACAUGAUGAUGAAGGCGGUUCCUUAAGUGAAGUAGGCCGUGGUUCCUUGAGUGAAAUAGGUGGUGGUUCCUCGAGAGAAAUAGAGGAAUGUUUCUUAAGGCAAUUGGACCGAAACAAGAUAACAAGUAAUCGGACUGAUGAGACAGAAAUUCUAAAUUCUGAAAGUAAAACCUGGAUAUACAGAUCCAGUAGUGAUGGGAAUCUGUUUGAGUCAAGAAGCUUACCAGAAAGAUAUGAGAAUGUAAAAGACGUUGAGAUGGACCAACUAGUCGAGACAGCCUCUUCGAUGCCCUUGCUUAUGACCAGUUGACAUGAGUGUAGACACUCUUUAUCUUCUUAUGGUAGCCUU